AUGUGGACGCUUCCAGAGAGCAGCAGGAGAAGGAAGGCAGAGGAAGCAGCCCGGGCUAGUGCACAGCUGACAAGGACAAGCAUCUGCGGUGGUGACCCAGGACACGGCACAUGGGAGCUAAUUUUCCUGUCCUUGCAUAAUCUGGUCCCGCUGACCCUGGGAGCUGCCUGCCAGCCAGCUGCCGUCACCAAACCCAGCGCGCGCUCCCUGGCACCUUGGCUGCGGUUCGUUUCCAACCGAGCUGCCGCGCUGCUGCACACGACUCGCAAACUCCUCAUUUUUGCUGGAGGGCCCUAUGAUGUGGAGGGAUUAGAAACAUUUUCUGUCCUCAACAGUCUGAUAUCCUGA